GUUGCUAAGUACUUUGGGCCUAUCCUGGGCCCAUCACUCUGUGUGCCGCACCUCACGCGCACGUCCAGCGUCAUGGUCGCAGACAAUGUGCUACCAACUACGAUGAAGGCUGUUGUCGUCCAGGAGGGAAAGAAGGUUGCAGUGAAGGAUCACCCCGUUCCAUCUAUCGGCGAUGACGAUAUCCUUGUGAAGGUCGUAGCCGUAGCGCAGAACCCUGCCGAUUGGAGAUUCGUCGAUGCGGUUCAGAAUGUCGGCACAGUCAUAGGCUGCGACUGGUCCGGGCACGUUGUGCAGAGGGGCAAGAACGUGACGACCCCAGACCUGGGUGCCCACGUCUCGGGCUUCGUGAUGGGCGGGACCUUCGUCGACAGCGGCGCGUACGCAGAGUACGUCAAGACUCCCGCCGAACUCGCCUGGACCGUCCCAGAGGGGACUCUCAGCCACGAACAGGCGGCAACGGUCAGUGCAGGGCUCUUCACCGCGGCCCAAUGCUUGUAUCAUCCUCAGCGUCUAGCCCUUGUCGAGCCUCCGGAGAAGGUCGAAGGCGUGGACUGGAUAUUGAUCUACGGCGGGAGCUCUUCGGUUGGUCAAUACGCAAUACAGCUUGCCCACCUUUCCGGAUACAAAGUUAUCACCACGGCGUCUCCCCGCAACUUUGACCUCGUCAAGUCUCUAGGAGCAGAUACCGCGUUUGACUACAAGGACCCCGGCGUCGUCGAGGCCAUCAAGAGUGCGACCGGAGAUAGCUUACGACAUGCAAUCGACACGCAGAGCAUCAAGGAGACGCAGGAGAUAUGUGCACGCGCCAUGGGACCGCAGGGCGGAAAGCUCGUUCUGAUGUUUCCACCAACGUUCAAGGCCAAGAAGCUCCGGAAAGACGUUGAGUUCAUCUCGACGAUGAUAUACACCGCGCUGGGCCGUCCGUUCUCGCUAGGCCCGCAAGCGAAGUUCGCCGCUCAGCCAAAAGAUCGAGCACAGAUUGCCAAUUUUAUGUUGAAGACGCCCCAGCUCGUACGCGAUGGCCUCAUUGUGCCGAAUCGCGUAAAACUGUGGGAGGGAGGCCUACAGGCGAUACCGGAAGGGUUACAGUAUAUGCGGGAGGGGAAGGUCAGCGGAGAGAAAGUCGUGUACCGUGUAUGAUGGGAAAGAUAAGGCAACAGAGUCAUGACCGUGUACGUGUACUAUGUUCUCGGACGUGCGACAUCCAUUUUUUUGUCCGCCACUGU